GUAAAAUAACACUCUGUUUAAACAAUGAAGACAGGAUCUAGAGAGAAAAAACUGAUAGACAGAGUUCUGCUAGCGGCUUCCCGUUGAUGUUAAUGUUCCAAUAACAGGGCUUUAGUAUCUGAAAGGUUUCAAACAGAAGCAUCGGACUAUUGUUUUUAUUUCUGUUUACAAGGCUUAAGAGAGGGGACAUUCAUUAUAAAGAGUAAAGUAGGAGAUUAAUCUUGAAUUCUGAUUAAUGAUGUAUAUUUCUAGAAAGGAUUUUUACUAACUUUUAAACCUGAAUUUUAUGAAAGGUAAUUCGGAUCAAGCGGCUUAAUUAAUGGACGAAAUAGAUGAAAAUCGGCACGAAAACCCAUUUAUCAACUUUUUGCGAUAAUUCCAUGACAUCCAUUAACAAUUAGCCUAAACACGCGCUAUAAAUCUGCUUGAAAUAAUAACUCAAUAAGAUGACUCCCGUAUGGCUAAAAAAUAAACGGUUUUCGUUUGCCAGACGAAUCGUUGCAUUGGUACAAUAAACAAAAUCCAUCAGAAUUUAGUCAAAAGAGAUAGCGAUAAGUGUUUGCCAAUAAUUCCGAAUAUCAAUUCAUUUUGGCAAAGACUUGAAAUAUGUAUGGAAGCUGAACUCAUAUCAGUUAAAGAUUGAUGAACUUAAGAUAAACAUAUCAUGUGAGGUAGUUUUAGAUCCAUAGAGUAUUUGCUAAAAUAUUUUCAAGAAUAAUAAUUUAGUCAGAGAACAAAAACAUACGGACAACGCAUUGCUUUUAUUGUGCUUUAUUUUGAUUGACGGAUAUACGAACACAAAUUUUCAUUAGAAAAGGGAGCAUGUUAUGCAACAGUGCAGGAAAACAUAUCAGGAUUGGAAUAUAAUCAAUCCUCUAGAUUUUGUUUAAAUAAUGAAGAUAUGAAAAAGAAUCCAUGUUGUUGAACGGACAAGAUUAGAACAUAACAGCAGCAACUUUGAGAAGGAUUUUGCAUACGAAGGAUAUAUACGCGUAACAUUUAUUACAAAUAUUGGUAACCAUUUGAAGGACGAAUAUUGGUAACAAUUUGAAAGAAAAUUAUUGUUUUGAAAACAUUAUGAUAAAAAUACUGUCAAAUGUAAAACAUUGAAAAUUCAGACCCCUUAAAUAACAAAGGAAUAUAUAAUUCAAUAUAUAUAUUUAUUAAAUGUUGGUUUAACAUUUUCAAAACUGUUCGAUACGUGUUGUUGAAUUUAUGAAGUAGCAAGUAUAUUCCAUUAGAAUAAAAUGGAUGACUUAAUAAAUGCUACUCUUGCAAGCAUAAAUGUUAGUUUAGGCGUAAAUGACAAUAUUCAAACAUUACCACAAACAACACAACGUGUCCCUCCUCCUCCUCCUCCUCGGCCGAGUGAAGCAUUGGUAACUUUCAAGAAGUAUGCGUACCUCAUAACUUGUGUUGUUGGAAUUUUAGGGAAUAUAAUCAUAUUCUUUAUCUUCACGAGGACCAAACUGAAGAAACCAUCUACUGCAAGAUAUUUAGCAGCAGCGGCAAUUGCAGAUUCUGGGUUCUUACUAGUAGUAAUGUUUGUUAUUCUAGAGGAAUCGUAUCAUGUCAGAGUGCACUCGGUGAUAGGACCAUGUCAAUUAAUAACGUUUGGGGACCAUGCGUUUUCUUUCCUUUCAAGAUGGUAUUUAACGGCUGUUGUUAUUGAGAAGUACAUAGGUGUCAUGUGGCCACGUAAAAAGACUAAGAUGUGCACGGUUUUUCGCGCAAAAUGUGUUAUUAUUUGCUUAGCGAUUAUUGGAAUAGUUUGUUACUUAUAUACGACAUGGUUUGUAGGAGUACACGGCAAACCUCCAUUUUGUCAUUUAUUCUAUGACGAUAGACGGGUGCUAGAUUCCUGGAAAAUACUCACUAAAUUAGACGCGGUUGUAAACUUUGUUAUUCCUUAUUUGAUACUUUUUGUCUUGACGUGCCUUAUUUCAUAUAGGAGCUGGGAAUUCCACAGGAGGUCGUUAACGGCUGGUGAGAGAUUUCUGCGCAGGAGAAGGGUAACAACACCAGAAGAUAAAGAAUUUAAAACUACACCAUUACUUAUAUUGCUUGCUACGAGCACGCUUAUUCUAAGUAUACCAAAUAGCGCCAUCAGAAUUCUUACUAUUACUGACAAUUUUCAACCUACACAGUCCAUGAUGCUAAUGAUGACAUUGUUUCAUUAUUUUGUAGUUUUAAACAGUGCGAUUAAAAUUGUUAUUUAUCUCAUAGCUUCCAAUGCUUUUGCACGUCAAAUUGGUAAAACAUUUUGUUUGUUAAAACAUGUUUGGAAAAAGUCAGACGAUUCUGAGCUUCAGACACGCCAUAUCACUGAGAAAAUGGAAGGUGUUGCAAUUGAGGGAAAGGUGUAGAAGAAAUUAUGCCAGAUAAACCAACUUUCUCUUUUAUUUUGCGUUGUGUAUAUAUUUUGGAAACAAAAACAUAGUAUUUUGACUAUAUACACAGGUGUAUUUACUGAAAAUAUCAAUAUUAUAGAAUUAUAGGAUGAAUACAUUUAUCAGAAAAAUGUUCAAUACUUUUUGUAACCCGUGAUUAUAUAGAAUUUUUUUGUCAUCAAAGUGGUGCUUAAUCAAUGUUUGAAAAUAUGACGAUGAGUUGUCCGUACAAUAACUGACAAGAACACACGUUAUAAGCCGAGAAAUUCGUUUGUUCUUUUUACAAAUAAAAUUGUAACGUUUCUGUUAAUAAGAAUACAAAAAACAACAGUUAAUUUGUAGUGAAUAUGUUGAUAUUAUUAUGUCUUUAUUUAUUUUUGUAUUAUUGAAUGAUUUUAUGAAUUUUAAAAAAUUACCGUAUCAAAUUUUUCAAUAAACUACAUUUGUUUACUAACAUUUGUCAGAAAACGAAUUUUUAGAUUGUAAAAUAAACAAAUUCCUGAUUUCA